CUUAUAAAAGUAAAGAACAAUCUAAAAAACAAAUUACACUUGCCACAAUGCAAAUUGCAUCUGAAUUGAAAAGAAAAGUUAUAGAAGAUUUAAUUAAAGCUUUUUUCUUUGCCAAUAUUCCUCUUGAAAAG